AUGCGUGCAACUCAGAGUCGACCAAAGUCUUAUCUAGAUAAGAGGAGAAGGCCGCUUGAGUUUGAGGUAGGAGACCAUGUAUUUCUCACAAUUACUCCCACAACAAUAUUGACGAGCUCUAAAGUCGAGGAAGUUGACUCCUUGAUUCAUCGUCCGUAUCAGAUCACUAGGAGGAUUGGACCAGUGGCGUACGAGAUUGCCUUGCCACCUCACCUGAAGAAUCUAUACAAUGUCUUCGAUGUGUCACAACUGAGGAAGUACAUUGCAGAUCCUACACAUGUAAUGGAGCAGGAUGAUGUCCAAGUGCGCGAGGACCUGAUGAUCGGAGUUGGACCAGUGAGAAUUCUAGAGUCUCAAGUCAAACAACUCAGAGGGAAAGAGAUCUGA